AUGACGGGCGGCGUGCUCGGGAUGGGGGCGAAGAAGACGGGGGAGAGGGCGUGCGAGCGGUGCAACGAGGGGACGAAGAAGACGCCGGGGAGGAUCGCGUGCGGGCGGUGCCAAGGGAACAAGUUUUUGCUGUUUCGAAGCGCGGAUUGGCGAUGA